AUGGAUACUUCGUUGUUCAUUCUCCACACAAAGGCCAGCACUUUAUGGGUCCUCAUUUAUGUUGAUGACAUACUAGUCACUGGUAUUGAAGUUGUUCAGAAUGACACAGGAUUUCACCUAUCACAACAAAGUGCAUCGAAGAUCUUCUUCACCGAGUUGACAUGUCUUCCUGCAACUCAAGUCCAACUCCAGCAAGUGUUGCCCACGUUAUAUGGGUUUACAGAUGCUGAUUGGGCUUCUGAUGUAGAUGAUUGUCACUCCACAAGCAACUACUGCAUUUUCCUUGGCAAAAAUCUUGUUUCUUGGUCUUCAAAAAAACAAAAUGUUGUGGCACGAUCAAGCACCGAAUCUGAGUAUCGAUCACUUGCUAAUGGUGCAGUUGAGCUUCAAUGGUUGUAG